CAUACAUUGACCGACGUCGCUUCGCUGCCUUACAUAAAUUAAUUGUUUUUUGUGCGAAACACCAAGACGCCUACGUUAAUAAAGUGUCAACAGUUUGACGUAACAUGAUAUCAGUGAGAUCAAAUGUUUAGGAUCAAAUGUCAAUGUCAUUUAAGCGAAUGUCAGAAAACUAAAUACAUUACGAAUAAAAUUUGUCCGAACAUGGGCUGCAGAUAAUAACUAAGGCAAAAGCCUCCCAAAGCUUACACAAGUCAAAUUAUGUUCAGGAAAGUCAUUUCAAUCGUUAGCGUCGGCUUCGUUUUUUCAUUUUGGACCAGUUCAAUAGGUGUAUUCAUCCCAAACCUGUCAAACGAAUGUUUCAACUGUCUCUGUUAUGUGUCAACGAAAUGUGACACAUCGCAUGAGUGUACUGCGGGCUACUGUGGCCCCUUCAAUAUAUCACGAGUGUAUUGGGUCGAUGCUGGACGAAUAACCCUACCCGAAGAUGAUGCAGAGAGGAACCAUUCAUGGGAAGAUUGCGCCCGCGAAUUCAGCUGUGCAAAACGAAUAAUCGAAGGAUAUUUGUCAAAAUUUGGCCAAGACUGCAAUGACGAUGGAGUCACCAACUGCUUCGACUACAUGAUGAUAAAUGGGAACGGCGGCUACAACUGCCGACCACCGUUGAACAGAACAGUCAAUGGACGACGCUGGCUGAAGAGGUUCGAAGAAUGUCGGCGGUCCAUACCAUCACUUCAAUAAAUUUAGUUAGAUAAACGUCUUUUAUUUUUACCUUUAACACAGAUUAACAAUACAAAAAUUGCUAUAAGUAAAUAAAUAUUUUUUAUACUUUGUGCGUCAUAUUGUAAUGUGUGUACGGUUGCACUUUUUUGGACGCUGCUUGAAGAAUAAUGUUAGGUUAAAUUUGGUGAUUAGCUGUCUGUGUCUUUUACCCCGACUAUAUAUUUUUUACUAGAAGCAUUUACAAUAUGUCAAAAACGUCAAAUUUAGUAAUUGAUAUUAUUAAGCUUCGAAUAUAUUCCGUUUCCAAGCUAUGAAAACACAUAAUGAAGCCUUUUGUACUAGUUUAAUAUUUACUAAUUCUGGUUACAGUAGUAAUGUGCCAACUUUAUCAAUAAAUAAUAAUAAAUAAAUUAUUAAGGGAAAAUUAAAACAAACUUUAAAAGCUUUGCCCCUGUGGCAACACUGCCACUCACACAGCGCUGUGUGCCUUUAAUGCUGGUGUUUCCCGCUGUAUUGCUAAUUCGUUGAGUGAGGAAAUCACCAGCUCUGGGGUCAGUGCCAACUUAAAUCUUCAAUAAAUUCGAUUUUUUAAAUUGACAAUUUUCCUCUAUUUUUGGUCCUAGAAACGAGGCCUUUCGCCGAGUCCAAUUUGUAUUAUAUUUGGACAGAGACUUAGUCUAUUAGUUCCCGUAUACUUUAUGAUUAUAUUAUUUAAAAAUCCAUUUCGGUUGUGACAUAAUACAACUCAAACUCUAAAUCUUUAUUCAUAUAAGUUGUUUUGAGUUUGUCGUCAACAGAAAAGAUGUUAAAUUGAUUCUAAAUUUACAUUUAUUACCAGUUCGCGAGCCAAGGGCGUAAAGCGUGCAAGAAGAACUGCCAAGAAACUCUUUGCCUCGUUUCUGAUUAUACAAAAUAUCUUUGUAACUUUUUUCGCCCUGUUUUCCGCUUUCAUCUUUAACCAUUAUCAUAAAAACAAAAUUUCGCUGCCGAUUCAAAAAUUUAUACGCUAAAAAUCUUCAGCGACAUCUUUUGAAACUGUUCUAUGCUGAAAAGGAAAGUAUACUUCUUGUGGACUAUAGUUUAAUUAUAAUUUUGUGAGUGUUCUCUAGAAAUUACGUCAAGUAUCCAACAUCAUUAAAAUGUCAAAUCGAAGAGACUAUCUGGCCACGGCUCAGGGAAAAUUGAAUAUAAAUUUACAAUUUACAAUACAAAAUGUGUUGUUAAUACAAUAUAAUUUAUAUUUAAAUGAACAUUUGUCAUUCACAACAAUAACAUGUUUGAACGAUAGUUUAU